AUGUGGAGUGGAGCUAGAAGUAUUGGCAUGGAGAGCCGGUCACCUGAGAGACUAUCUGGCCAUCCUUACCAGGAGGAGGCCUUUGUCUUCUGCUGGCUCACUGUGAAGGUCCUGGAGGCGUGGAAUUUGCCCUGGAGUGAUCUUCUGGACCCUGGGAUGGCUCUGCAGCUGCCAAAGGCUCCUGGAGUAAAAUUCAAGACCCAAACAGUCACCAGCGCCACUCAUCCCGUAUGGAAUGAGACCUUCAGUUUCCUCAUCCAGAGUUAGGUCAAGAAUAUUCUGGAGCUGACAGUCUGUGCUGAAGACUUAAUUACGAAAGAUGACAUCUGUUUCAAAGUCUCCUAUGAUGUCUCAGAAAUCCUCCCUGGCCAACUGCUCCAGAAAACCUUAAACCUGAAUCCUCAGGGACCGGAAGAGCUAGAUGUGGAGUUCCUGGUGGAAAGAACGGUGGACCCUCCAGAAAAUCUCAUCACCAACAAUGUCCUUGUGGCCCAAGAACUGUCCCAGCUGGAUAUCUAUGUGGACAGAGCCAGGAACACCACCGUGGCAGCAGGUCAGGACAAAGUAGAGCUGGAGCUUGUGCUGAAGGGGUCGUAUGAGGGCACACAGACAUUUGCCCUGGACACAGCCUCUACCUUAUGCUUCCACUAUGUGAGGGGCUGGGACACAGAGCUGGAUGGGAACCUGAGGAGUUCUGGAAACAAGGGCUGGAACUCAGAAACCAUAGCUCCAUCCUUCAAUGUACCCCUGACGUCCUUGGCCCCAGGGAAGGAGGUGACCGUGGACAUUCCAGCUCUGAAUGUCCCAGAAGCAAAGCUGCAAUUUAAGACAGACUGCUGCCCUAAGGAGCUAGCUGUGCGGCUGGGCUAUGGACUCAGUCCCGAGGAGCAGGCCUUCCUACGCAGGAGGAAGCAGGUGGUGGCCACCGCCCUGAAGCAGGCCCUGCAACUGGAUGAAGACUUGAAGGAAGAUAAGGUUCCUGUUGUGGCCAUCAGUGCUGAAGGAGGAGGUGUGCGGUCUAUGACCUCACUCUACGGCCACCUGUUGGCACUUCAGAAGUUGGGCCUCCUGGACUGUGUGACCUACAUCACUGGCAUAUCAGGCUCUACAUGGACAAUGGCCCAUCUGUACCAGGACCCAGAGUGGUCAUAGCAGGACCUCGAGGGACUCAUCAGCCAUACCAGGAAGCAUGUGGCUAAGAGCCUACUGAAGGCAUUCUUCCCUGAACACUUGGUAAGCUACCGCCAGACGCUGAAGCUGCAGGCAGAGCAGGGCCACCCACCCAGCAUAACAGACCUGUGGGGCCUGGUGCUGGCAGCCAAGCUGCAUGGGAAGGCGACAGAUCAGACGCUGUCAGAACAGAGAGCUGCACUAGAGCGGGGCCAGAACCCCCUGCCCCUCUACCUGUGCAUCAAUGUCAAAACGAACAUGGACACCCUCCAUUUCAAGGAAUGGAUGGAGUUCUCUCCCUAUGAAGUUGGGUUCCUGAAAUAUGGAGCCUUUAUCCCCUCUGAGCUCUUUGGCUCCCAGUUCUUUAUGGGGUGGCUGAUGAAGAGGCUUCCUGAGUCCCCAGUCUGCUUAUUGGAAGGUAUCUGGGGCAACGUUUUCUCUUCGAACUUGAUGGAUAUCUGGUGUAGUAUCAACUCUCAGAAAGACUGGAAGUUCAGUGAGGACGUCAAAAACUCAGUAACUGAGCCCUCAGCCUCAGCAGGAACCUCCUCCUGUGGGGACGCCCAAUGGCUGCAGCCCGGAACAGCCCUGGCCCAGGCAAUUAAGGGCUGUCUGACCAGCAGGCUAUUUUACCAGCGUAGCUCCAACUUCCUCCACGGCCUCCAGCUGCACCGGGACUACCGUAACCAGAAAGACUUCUCCAGGUGGGCAGACAGCAGCCUAGACUACAAGCUGAACCAGCUGACCCCACAGGACCCUCACCUCUGCAUAGCUGACACUGGCUUCUUCAUGAACAGCAGCAUUCCCUCCCUGUUGUGCCAAGAUCGCCAAGUGGACCUCAUCCUCUCCUUCAGCUACAACCAAUUUUUGCCCUUUAAGGGGUUGAAGCAAUCGGAGAAAUACUGCAGCGUUCAGGGCCUGCCCUUCCCCCGUGUGGAGCCCAGCCCUGAGGACCAGCGCCAGCCCCGGGAAUGUUACCUGUUCUCAGACCCCACCUGCCCCGAGGCACCCGUUCUGCUGCACUUCCCGCUGGUCAAUGGCUCCUUCAGGGACCACUCAGCCCCUGGUGUCUGGCACAGCCCUGCUGAGCUCAGGGCUGGGCAGAUGGAUUUCAUGGGGAAAUCUUCCCCCUACACUCUGUUUAGCAUGACCUACAAAGAGGAAGAAUUCAACUAUCUGCUCCAGCUCUCUGACUACAACGUGCGGAACAGCCAGGACAUGAUCCUGCAAGCCCUGAAGACCGUUCUGAAACGCAGGGCUCCAGAGGCACAUCAUCAGGAGUGCAGGCAUGAGGCCUCUGGGGGUGGUAUUACUGUCUCCAUGAUGGUGAAAUUCGGGAAUGUGGAAGAAAACUGGCUCUGCCUCCGAAUGCUGGGAGCUGUCGCUCCUCCCUGUCGUCCUCCUGUGACCACAGAGCACUAG